UGUAGAAAUAAAUAAAUGUGGAAAUAUAUAAAUGUGGAAAGAAAGAAAGAAAUACGUAAAUAAAUACAUAAAUGUAAAAACAAGUAAAAGGGGAAAUAAAUAAAUGUAUAAAUAAAAUAAAUGUGGAAAAAAAAGAAAGAAAUACAUAAAUAAGGAAAUACAAUUAUAAAUAAUUAUUUAUUUUUGCUUUUUUACUCUUCUUUGUAUAUUUAUUUAUAUAUUUAUUUUUGCUUUUUUUACAUUUCUUUAUUUAUUUCUAAUUAUGGCAGGAUUAGCAUUCCAUAGGGGGAGGGGGCUAGUAAUUAGAGUCUCUGGAUCGAGUUCACAGUAGGUGGCGGUAAUGCGCGAAAUUGGUGCGAUCCGUCAAAAAAAAAAAAAAAAGGAAGAAGAAGAAGAAGCAGCAUGGCGGAAAAGUGAAGUUAACUUUGCUGGGGAGCUUACGGUCGAAUGGACCUCACCGCAAUUUGUUAGCAACAAUAGCUAUUAUCACUUGUGCCUCGUAUAAACUCACAGCUGUCCCUUUAAAUGUUUUGCAUUUUUCAGCGUAUAUCUGAAACCUUUACUUAAGAGAAUGCGAAACGUAACGAACUCCUGUCAGCUACUAUAAAUGCAUUAUUUUGAGGGAGCCCGUCUUUAUUGUGUCAUUAAUAACUAGUUAAAAACUGUUUCUUUGUGUGUAAUCUGCAGUGGACCCAUGCUUCAGAGAUUAAGGAUAUGGUGGCACUUUUUAUGAUGGCCAGAACACUAGCACUGAGGCUGCAUUUCCUGAGCCAUUUGGAUGACCAGAUCCUUCCAUCACUGAAAGCAUUUGCUGGUAAGCGUCUGUCUUCUCCCUGUCUCCGAACCUCUACUGUCUGCUUUCCCACAUGUUCCAGCCUCAGUCCAAGGAGUGUAUGCACCACAGAACGAGGUCCAAUGUUCGUUGUUGCUGGAUCUGUUCGCCCUUACCAGGAGCUCCUCCCCAGUGGAAGUGGUCUGUCUUUGUUGCACCACCUGACUUCUGAUGAGGACCACACAUUUAUGAAACGACUCACCUCCUGUACUUCAUCUCAGCAAGUUCUUCGUCUCUUGCGAUCUUACCCUCUCCUCUCAGGUGCAGCAGCAGCAUCUAUACUUCACCGACUGGCAGACUUGGAGCAUGAUUCCGCACGUGGUCUUUGGAAACCACAGAUACUACUAUCAGAUGCAGGCCUUAAUAAACUUUGCCAAACACUAGAGAAUGAUUCAGCCAGAUUACAGGAUGAGGUAUUGGUUAGAGCUCUCCUGGGCUGUACACGUCUCUACCUUGACCCUCAGAGCCGCCUAGUGCUAAAGCUGAUGUUCGAAAGUCAAAAGAGACUGAAUUUGGAACGGCUCAGUGUUGAAGUGCUAUGUGGGUUAUCAAGGGCUUUAUUUGCAUUGGAAGGUCCUAACAGUUGCAUGAUAAAACAGGCUAUGAGUCAGCUCCAAAAUAAAGAUACAGCUCAAUGGAAUACAGCAGAGCUAGUUGCUGUUUACUCUAUGCUAGCAACUGGUUUGGGUGAAGAUGGAUGCUAUCUGGAGCUUCUAAAUGAAAUGAACGCUCAGGCACUUCAAUUAGUGCAACAAAUGGGCCCAGGGGCGAUUAGUGAAAUUCUAGGUGCUUUGUUCAAAUUGAGACAUACAGAAGCAUUACCACUUGUAAUUGCACUUUGCAAGCAAGCUGUCCAUCAUGUGCAAAACUUUGCAGAUCCAGAACUGAUUGUGGUGUUGUCAGCACUUAUGCACUAUGGACACAGUGACCACUUUCUUGUGGAAGCUCUUGAGCGCCAUGUGCCCAACAUUGCCUUUACUGCUCAUGCAGAAACCGUAACCAAGGUGAUGCAGUUUUUCCGGCGAUGGCGCAUUCUUUCUCCACCUGUUUUUAACACGGUGGCUGAGAGUUUUGUGUAUCGUGCAGAGGAGUACUCGACAUGGCAGGUGUCACAACAGAUAGCUGCACUGGGAGUUUUGGGAUACCUGCCACCUGAUGCUGGGAGAUUGUUCCGAAAGGUGGAGUCUGUUUUGCAUGCCCGGUUUUCCCAAUUUCAGCCCAGAGCCCUGCUCGACCUACUGUAUGCCUGUACCCUUCUACAGAGAUACCCACUUAACUUUGUCUCAAAAGUCUUCAGCCCUUACUUCAUGCAACAGCUACAGGGGGAGGAGAGCAGUGGGAUAGAUCACAGAGUGCUUGCACAGCUGACCCAACUUUACAUGACUGUAAAGCUUGAGUGUCCAUUUUAUGAUGGACCACGACUUUCGCCAAAGUUUCAAGUAAAGUCAUUUUUGGCUUCUGGACAGUCUUUGGAGACUCCAGUGGAACCUCAUUUCUACAAUGCUGUGAAGUCCGCCCUAGUGGAUCUGCUGGGAGCUCAAUCUUACUUUGCUUCCAGAGUACUUACACCAUAUUGUUAUACGCUAGACAUUGAGAUAAAACUAGAUGAAGAAGGGUACGUCUUGCCUGCUUCACAUACAGAUGAAGUCCAUAAAAGAAUUGCUCUCUGUAUUGAUGGGUCAAAGCGCUUUGCAGCAAAUGCAGAGAAACUACUAGGCAAGGAAGCCAUCAAGCAGCGUCACCUGAGGAUUCUGGGAUAUGAAGUUGUUCAGAAACUACAUAGACAAAAUGAGGACAAUUUACCCCAAUCAUCACCCUCCUUGAACAUCAGUUGUCCUCUGUGUGAAAAUAGUCACCGUUUAAUAGGGUUGAAAGAAAUAUGCAGAAGAAACCAAAGAAUGUUCAAGACCUGGAGGAAAAUCUUUUUAGGAUCCCUAUCAUUUUUUUUUAAUAAACAUUCUGCAGAUUUUGCAAGGUGUAACAUAAGGUGACAACUGUAUUUAAAGUAUUGUUAUUGUUUCAAUCCACAAGCUACAAAACAUUUCAAGCUCUGAAAAGGACACAUAGGUAGUGUAAAAUUUAUCCAUACAACUCCAGUGGUUUAAAUUUAAGUCUUCUGAAUUUUUAUCAACAUGAGGGUGAGGGUGAAGUAAAAUUGAAGUAAAAUUAAUUUUUGUUUUUGGGCUAACUAUUGCUUUAAACCCCAGUCUUGAAUGCAUGACAAUGUUUACAAUGUU